CAGUGUAUAAGAAAUAUAUGGUAUUUAAUUAUCAUGUAGCUUCGCGUCGCAUCGACAAUACGUCGGUAAAAGUGCAACACGGAAAAUAGGGAAAAGCUUCUUCUGUGAGUUUGCCAUAUCGACGUGUUUAUAUAAUUCGUAACGCUUGUGCAAAAGGAUACUCCAUAUCUUGCUUAUCAUUCCGUGCUCGUUAUCGGAAAGUAGAUCAAUCAAUAGAUUCUAUGCGGCACGUCGAUUGUUCUGUGCUGAAUCAGUGCUAAAUUGGAUUUUAUCAAAAUGACUAUCGAUAUUCCUGCCUUUGCCUACGCCGCUGCGGUUGCUGGCGGUGGAAUAUUAGGUUACGUGAAAUCCAAUUCUAUUCCUUCCUUGGGAGCUGGUUUACUUUUCGGAUCUGUGUUAGGAUACGGAGCUUAUCAAACUUCACAAGAUCCUACUAAUGUUGCAAUUUUCUUAGGAACCAGUACAGUUCUGGGAAGUUUGAUGGGAUAUCGAUAUUAUAACACUGGCAAAAUAAUGCCAGCUGGAAUGAUUGCUACAUUAAGUGCUAUUAUGAUUAUAAGAACAGUUACACGGUACUUCUCACCACCAUUGAAAACAGAGUAACAUGUAUAUUCUUUAGUGUUAGAAAUAUUGCAUUUAUCAAUAUUAAUGUUUUUAAUUCUAAGAACCACAAAAUAAUAAAUCAUGAGAUCAUGAGAAUUAAUGAUAUAUUUGAGGAAAUAUUAUGUCAAAUAUACCAAAAUAUUAUGUAAA